AUUUAGUGACUUUUCUUGAAAAAAAAAAAAAAAAAGGUUUUUUUAGUGCUGUGUUGUUAGCAGUUGGGAGCAGGAGUGCCUGGGGAUGCACUCCUGAAGUAGCGACAUGUAGUAAGAGCUGAGGACCGGUUGGCCUGCUGAGUUGAAGUGCUCGCACAGCUCUUUGAACUGUAAUAAUGUGAAUUUAUCUCCUGUCUUCCAGAGUAUGCAGGAGAACAGUCUGCAGCUUUCUGAAGUUACAUAUAAGUGAUAAAACCUAGAACAGAGUGGUUUAAGUUAUCUUCUUGUGCAAAAUUAGGGUCUAUCUGAACAGAAAUAUGUUGGAGUAGUUCCCUGUGGUAGACAGAGCAAGAGCUGGGGACAUCUUAAACUACAACAGGUUUCUCACUGAAGCAGAAGGCUUACAGAUGAGUAGAUAGUAUGCCAUGUAUUCUACUUUCUCUGAAGAUCGCUUUGUACGUGUCUGUCAGUCCAGUACAGUUGAGAGAGAAAAGUAAAACAACUUCCAGAAGAAGAAAAAAUUCUCUUGGGCUUAAAUCACUCAUUCAAUAAAACUUUCCAAAUGCUGUUUCCCCUCAACUUUUAAACUGAGGUUAAACUUGCAGCAGUGUGUAGCUGAAAAGUUUCUACUAUAGACUGAAAGAAUUUUGUAUUAAGAACGUUUGAUAUAUUUGAAUGAUACUGAGUUUUAUGUUGAUCUCUGUAGCAAGGAUGGGGUAUGAAAGUCAGGUGGUGGCCUUCUGCAUGCUGGAAAGCUGCUGCAGGUGUCUUAACUUGGCUGUAAUGUACCCCAAAUCAUGGAGGAAACAUAGGCUUUCUUGUAUUUCUUAUGAGAAAGUACCUCUACCUCUAUGCUGCAGAACCAGCCUCAAAGGCACUAUGGAAUUACCUCUCCAAUUAGCUUGGCUCCUCCUAAGGAUAUAGAUUAUAUUCAUACUCAGAAGCUAGUUGAAGCAAUGAAGCCAUUUGGGGUAUUUGAAGAUGAAGAAGAACUGAAUCACAGGCUGGUUGUUCUUGGUAAACUGAAUAACUUGGUCAAAGAAUGGAUUUCAGAACUUGGUGAGAGCAAGAAUCUUCCCCCUUCAGUUGUAGCAAAUGUUGGUGGCAAAAUAUUUACAUUUGGUUCUUACAGGCUUGGAGUACACACCAAAGGUGCUGACAUAGAUGCUCUUUGUGUUGCUCCUAGACAUGUGGAAAGAUCGGAUUUCUUUCAGUCACUCUUUGAAAAACUAAAACAUCAAGAAGAAAUAAAAAAUCUAAGAGCAGUAGAAGAUGCUUACGUACCAGUUGUCAAGUUUGAGUUUGAUGGCAUUGAGAUUGAUCUCGUGUUCGCAAGACUGUCUGUGCAAACUAUUUCUGAUAAUCUUGAUCUAAGAGAUGACUCCAGUCUAAGAAGCCUGGAUAUAAGAUGCAUACGGAGCUUAAAUGGCUGCAGAGUUACUGAUGAAAUACUACAUCUAGUGCCAAAUCAAGAGAACUUCCGGCUCACGCUCCGUGCGAUUAAACUGUGGGCAAAACGACGUGGUAUUUACUCCAAUAUGUUGGGAUUUCUUGGUGGAGUUUCCUGGGCAAUGCUAGUAGCAAGAACAUGUCAACUCUAUCCAAAUGCAUUGGCGUCUACUCUUGUGAACAAGUUCUUCUUGGUUUUUUCAAAAUGGGAAUGGCCAAAUCCUGUUUUGCUGAAACAACCUGAAGAGAGUAAUCUUAACUUACCAGUAUGGGACCCUAGGGUCAACCCAGCAGACAGAUAUCAUGUAAUGCCUAUCAUCACCCCAGCCUAUCCACAGCAGAACUCUACAUACAAUGUAUCUACAUCAACACGAGCUGUAAUGGUAGAGGAGUUCAAACAUGGUCUCGCAGUAACAAAUGAGAUUCUUCAAGGAAAGUUAGACUGGCCAAAGCUCCUUGAGCCACCAAACUUCUUUCAGAAGUACAAACAUUAUAUUGUACUGACUGCUAGUACCUAUACUGAAGAGCAUCACUUAGAAUGGGUUGGCCUUGUUGAAUCUAAAAUUCGUGUGCUGGUUGGAAACCUGGAGAGAAAUGAGUUUAUAAAUAUUGCACAUGUAAAUCCCCAGUCUUUCCCUGGCAACCAAGAACACCGUAAACAGGGUGGCUACGUGUCAAUGUGGUUUCUUGGAAUCAUAUUUAGGAAAGUGGAAAGUGCAGAAAGUGUUAACAUUGAUUUAACGUAUGAUAUACAGUCAUUCACAGAUACAGUUUACAGGCAGGCUAACAACAUCAACAUGCUAAAGGAAGGUAUGAAGAUUGAGGCGGCUCAUGUGAAGAGAAAGCAUCUCCAUUAUUUUCUGCCUCCAGAAACCUUACAGAAAAGAAAGAAGCAAAGCAUGCCAGAUACUAGUCAAAAUGCUAGUGGGCUUCAGUGUAAAAGGGCCUCUUCAGAUGGAAGCUUGGACAGUUCCAGAGACACGGACUUCAGAACACCAUGUAAUUCCCCUUCGUUAAAUAGGAUAUCUAAAUUGGACACCUCUACAGCAGAGAUGGAAAGAAGUGUUGUGAUUCAGAGAACUAGUGGUGCUAACAGAGAGGAGAUGAAUCACGUAGCUGUGCCACCAGUGUCUAAGGAAAUCUCCAUUCCAGUUAUUGGUUCAAAAAUGGAGGCUGCAGUUGCAGUAAGACCAUCAGGACCUCCAGCUGGCUGCACUGUUCCUGCAGUAAUAGAACAUAACACGAUUUCUCGACUUAGGACACAUUUUGUCCAAGGACAGCAUGAACCGAGUGGAACUCAAAUUACAAAUUUAAAGAGUACUAUACCUAAACGACCUCAUUCACCUACCUCAGAAGAAUACCCUAAGAGACCAAAAGACAGAGAAAAGUUAACUGGCCAGGAUUCAGCAUUCAAAGAUGGUGGUAAUCCAGAAGAUGUAAAGAGAAGAUCUACAGAAAAUGUUGGCCUUGGAGGAAAAUCUAAGCUGAUUCCAGUUAUUGACACAUCAAGGUCACAGAGGCUCUCCAGUAAAGAACUACCAGAUUCUUCAUCUCCUGUUCCAACAACUAAUAUUCGUAUUAUUAAAAGAUCCAUCAGACUUACCCUUAACCGUUAACCUUUCUCUUUAUCUCUUCAGGUAAAGAUAUUUGUUUAGUGAUUCAUAUUAUCAAUGUGUAUUCUUACUAACAAAGAAUGGACUGUUACUGUUGCUGUACUGCAGUGUCAGACAGUUAAAUACUUCUGUUUGUGUUUUUGACCUGGAGAUGCUGUAGGAUACUCCUAUUACUGUGUAGCUUUUCCAAGAUCAUCAAGUAACAAGUCACAGUCUACAAAAAUCUUGGCCUUUUUAGUAGUAUUAGCUUAGGUGCUUUCUUCCUUUGGAACUACUUUGUAUACUCUUGCAACAUCUGUCUUUAUUAGUCUUUUUAAGGAGUCUUAACUAUCACUAGCUGAAACAGCUUUCUGAAAUAGCCACAAAAACAGCUUGUCCUGUAACUUGGAUUCAGAAUGUAUGUAAACAGGGAUGACUAGUCAUGACAUCUAUAUUCUGUUUUCAAGCAUGUAGGAAUGUGCUUGUAUUCAUUUGAGCUUUCCUAGUCAAUGUAGAUGUGGUGUUCUUGUCUUAAAUUAUCUUCCAGUUUGGCACAUACACUCCUGUGCGUCUGUCACAAUUGUGCUCAGCUUCCACAGGCAGUAGCUUUCCAUAGUCUAGCACAGCCAUGCACUAAAUAAGUAUUGUCUCCCAUGGAGGCCCGUAAAUCUAAAUACUGAAGAAAAUGCAACAGAGGAUGCUACCAAGGUAUGGAGAUGAUAGACAGACAUAUCCCAUGCCAUGUUAUGUUUUUUUCUUAAGGCUGCUCCAACAUGAGACUUAAGUUCUGUUUUCACUGGGUAGCUGAGCUAAAUUCAGAACACAAGCGAAGAUGCAUCUCAACAUUGCAGCAGUUGAGGCUGUUGUGACACUGCACACCUGUAAACUGCAGUCUUUAAAGCAACUGUCAUGUAGAAAGUGGUACUGCGUUUCAGGGAAAACCUGGAAGUUCAAAAUGGUUACUUGAAAACUUGUAGUAGCCUUAAGUCUGGUUCUGUAAACAAACUGAUAACACUGCUUACCCAGUAAAGUGCAUUAGGGUUUUUUGGGGGUGCAGAGAUUCUAAUUAUGGGAAAUAUGCUAUCUUUCUAUUGUAAUUUCUUUAUAAUUAGUGAUUUUUUGUAAAUGAAGUUGUAUGUCUUUUCCAGAGUAUUUUUGUAUGUACUGUAAAAUACUAUCAUCCAAAGAAAUUUGAAGUCUUUGGUUGUCUUUCCUCUUUUUUUAAUGUAGAUGGCUUCUGAUUAAGGAAAAGCAAAACUGAAAAUAAAAUGGCAAACCAAUUGUACAGAGGGAUGGGGACAGGUGGGCACAACUUUCUGCAAAAUGUAGUCAACUUGAGUUAAUAUUGCUGCUUCCCUGCUGUUGAUAUUUCCAGGCCUUGAAUGAACGCCCACGGAAUGAAUAGUGCAAUUUGUAAAAUGAAUUGACAGCUGAAUUCCCAGUUCGCUAUUUGAACAAUAGGCACCCCUGAAUUUCUGUAAAAAGAAGUUGCUUGGCUUUAACAAUUGAGUUCUGAUCAUC